AUGACAGGAUUUCACUAUGAAAUGUGUAAUGACACAGAAAAGAAGGACUUUGAGAAGGCCAUUGAGACCAUUACAGUUGCUUUUAGUAGAAAUGUGUCAGAGCUGCUGAUGGGGGAGGUGGACAGCAGUACCCUACUGUCCCUGCUGCCAACAGAGAAGAGCAGGUCUAUGGAGAACCUGUACAGGGCAUCAGGUCAGGGGCUGGAGGGAGCUCAGAUGAGGGAUGACCUGCAGGACUUUGGCCGGGCCGAGGAGGUGGACAUCAUGCUGCAGCGUAGUGAAGGGGGAGUGGACUCUGCUCUGGCCUACGCCAAGACCAUCUAUAAAUACAUGAAGKACCUGAUGAGCUACGUGGAGAAGAGGACCUCACUGGAGGUGGAGUUUGCCAAGGGCUUACAAAGACUGUACCAGUCCAGCAAGCACAGCAUCACACACGUAAGCCCUGCUCUCUCAAGCACCACAUGCCCUUCUACUCCAUCUACUCUCUGGCUCUGGGGCAGAGCAGUGGGGGUGCAGCAGGCCACCUCCACACUGCACAGCCAGACCUUCCUACAGCCUCUGACGCAGCGUAAACACAAGCAUGAGAAGAAACGGAAGGAGAUCAAGGAACAGUGGGACUGAGCCAAGAGGAAACUGCUGGAAUGUGAGUCUAACCUGCGCAAGACCAAGCAUGGCUACAUGGCUCGCUGUGAGGAGCACAACAAGGCAGCCACUAGCAGAGCAGCAGAGGAGGAGGGGGGAGGCUCCACCUCCAAGUCUCUGGGCAAGAAGUUACGAGCGGAAGAAGAGGCUCGCAACAAGACUGAGGAGGCAGAGGCCACCUACAGGACGUGUAUAGCAGACGCCACCACCCAGCAGCAGGAGCUGGAACAUGUGAAGGUCAAUGUGCUCCGACUUCUGCAGGAGGUCAUCAAACAGAGUGACCAGACCCUGCGCUUGGCUACCAUCUCGUACUACCAGAUAAUGCAUAUGCAGACAGAGGCGUUGCCGGUCCACUAACAGACUCUGUGUGAGAGCAGUAAGCUGUAUGACCCAGGACAGCAGUAUGCUGCCCACGUCCGAGACCUGCAGCUCACUAAGGAACCAGAGGUCACCUACCAGUUUGAGCCCUACACCGCCACUGCAGCCUCCACACAUUGCACCAAGAUUAAACCAGCUCGAACCCGUAACGACAGCUUCAACACAGACCAGCAGAGCACCUCUGAGGGUCAACCCAGCACCGGAGAGACCAUGACCGACGAGGACCGCAGUGCUGAAAAUGCCAGAAAGAGACAAGGCCACAAAUCGUGGGGUUCUACAGUGAGUGAUGCAGACAGUGUAGGUGGCCUGGAAUCUCCUACCACCAGUACAGGUGACAUCAGUAAAAUGGCGUGCACCUCCUCCACCGGGACCAUGUCAUCAAAUGAGGGUCCAGAUGAGAAGGACGGGAACGUGGCCUCCUUCCAAGCACCAAACAUAAAUGGCAUGGAGCCAGAGAUGGCGGUUCCAACCGGAUCUUUCCGGAACAUUGGGCUCUCCAARGCCGCCCAGACCCACCGGCUGCGUAAACUCCGCACCCCGUCCAAGUGUCGGGAGUGCGACAGCUACGUGUACUUCCAGGGAGCAGAGUGUGAGGAGUGUUUCCUGGCAUGUCAUAAGCGGUGUUUGGAGACGUUGGCCAUCCAGUGUGGCCAUAAGAAGCUGCAGGGUAGACUCCAGCUGUUCGGCCGAGACUUCUCCCAGGUGUCCAGCGACAGCUCCAAUGACAUCCCCUUCAUCAUCACUAAGUGCAUCUCCGAGAUAGAGAGACGAGCCCUGAAGAUGAAGGGUAUCUACAGAGUGAAUGGGGUGAAGACUCGUGUGGAGAAGCUAUGUCAAGCAUUUGAGAACGGCAAAGAACUAGUGGAGCUAUCGCAGUGUUCCCCCCACGACAUCAGCAAUGUCCUUAAGCUCUACCUCCCGACAGGAUUGCAGAGUUCGAGCAGGACAAYAAGAUGAGUCCCAGUAACCUGGGCAUUGUGUUUGGCCCCUCUCUGAUGCGGCCCCGGCCCACUGGGGCCACAGUGUCCCUGUCCUCUCUAGUGGACUACCCCCACCAGGCCCGCAUCAUAAAGACUCUCAUAGUCUUUUACACAGCCAUCUUCCAGUCCUCCAGCCGUCACCCAUUCUCCACC